UUUCCUUCUUCUUUCCUUUCCAUCACUUGUCUUCCUCCUCAGUUUCGUUCCCAAGACAUAGACCCACCCCAAGAACCUCUGAUCCCAGUUCUCUGUGACCGGUCAUACAUCUUGACUUACCCUCCACGCUUGAUAUUGUCCUGCUUCUGACUCCCCUUUACUAACCACCCCACCACAUAUCACCAUCAAUAUGGCAACCAUUUCUCACCAUCCCACGCACUAUGAGUCGCGCCACAAGAGUCCACCUAUCUAUAUCAGCAACCAGGCCGCGUACAAUCGCCCUGUCACCAGAGUUACUAUGACUCCGCCCGAGAUUUCUGACACUGAAGCGUCCUACGGAUCGCGAAGUGGCGGUACUUUCUCCACGAGAUCGAGUUUGUACGGGCACAGUCAAAGCACUGGGAGCGAGUAUGACAGCUAUCGUUCUCCCCGUCAACCUGGCGUCGAUGUCAUGGACAUGCUCAGCGAGAAGAUGAACCACGUUUUUGACCCCAUCAGAAUGGACCGCUCGAUGGCUCACCAGACCCAAAUGUCAGGCGGAUUGAAUUCCAAAAAUCGAGAGCUCGAGAACAUGCAAAAAGAGUUGCUGAGCCGGUCGAAGAAAGCCCGAGUGGACUUUGACGAGGCUGUCGAUGCGCAUCGACAAGCCCGCCGCGACAUUGAAUAUCUUCAGAGCAAAUCAAAGCAAAUGAAGAGCAAAGCCGAGAAAAAGCACCCAGAGGCAUACGCCAAAGCCAGCCGAAGCCGCCACUAAACAAGACACACGAUCAGCUACGAAUUUACGAAUCUUUUUGCGAACAUUAGCGAGACGCAUUUCCUAUCAUUUCCUAUACCCCUUUUGCCGAGUUUGACAUUUUCAUGUUCAGGAAGGGCUUUGUCAUGUAUUCGAGACUUUUGGCUGCAAGUACUCGACAGUUCGGACGACGUUCAACAACGACAAAUCACAGUCCAUGAUCGAAAUCGAACCUUCAUUCGUCAGGAAUAUCAGAGACAGCCUUGGCGGUCGUCCGCCAGUGUCGUUGACGUGGCAGGUGGUUUAGGUUCCGCUCCACCCCACGGAAAUGGCCAAGUGACUUGCUGCUUUUGCCCCGCAGGUCGGGCCUGGUCGGCGAGUGGCAUGCAUGACGCCAGAGCCAUUCCUGGAUCUCCUGCCAGGAACCGAGACAGCGAUUGCACCGCAGACGAUCGACUGUGCAGCAAGCUUGGGCCCGAAUUUUCCGGGGUGCCACGCCACACACCACCAUGUGCAUUCUGGACCAGUGCCCUUGCAGGUACACUUUUCCAUUUUCUCUCGUGGUGGUGUCACAGCCCAGAUUGGUUUGAUUGGCUCUAUUGCUGCUUUCGGGGGUCUUCACCUGAUUUUGCGCGGCGCCAAAGUCACAAGACCUGAUAUCUACGAAUGGCGGGCUCUGUCGGUGUAAAAUGGUGUGUUGUUGUGCCGAGGCUGGCCAACUAGUUAAGCAUUUGAAGGGUUUUGGGGCCAGGUCGCUGAGCGCAGCACCUGGAGACCGACCUGGAGACUGACUUGCUGCCUGUCCCAACGAAAGUCCAGGCAGAUGGUUUCAGGGGUGCUCUCUGAAGCCACACGCGCCACGAGGCUAUCAGAAAUGAACUUCUAGGCGACGUGCCACGCGAAGGACGCCUGGGUAAGGCUUAUUGAUGGUGGAUUUCUCCUUUCUCACAUCUUGUGUUGAUAGCGUUGAAGUUUGAAGAAAUGAAGAUUCAAAGUUUCAAAUCCGCCCGCGGCUGGGUGCAGUGGAAGUGAGUUUCGGGCAUGGAUCUAGGCGGUUAGGCAUCAUCAAGGCUCUCUCCCAAGGGGUUCAUUAAGUAGGAACGAACCAUCCAGGGGGGGGAGCCAGCGCCAUAGGAGUAGUAG